UAUUAAUAGUGUUUACGUAAGAAUAAGAUUCUACAUUCAUGCUAAUUCCUUUAGAAUGAGGUUUUUAUUAUAAACGGCUCCUUUAAGAUGAGUUGACAAUUGACAUCACACAAUUAUGCCUUAUAAAAUCUCAACACCAAAUUCAGGUAGCAGCACAAGGCAGUGAAGAUGGAGAAGCCAAAGAAGAAGCAAGUUCUUCUCUAUUAUUGUGUUGAAGCCGAAGAACUUGCUCGCAAAAUCGCCAAUCAAUCCGAUCACAUUCAGUUACAAUCCGUCAACUGGAGGAGUUUUGAUGAUGGAUUUCCUAACUUAUUCAUUAACAAUGCACAAGAUAUCAGAGGCCAGCAUGUUUCUUUUCUUGCGUCUUUCGGCUCGCCGGCUGUCAUCUUUGAGCAGCUCUCUGUUAUAUUUGCACUUACAAGGCUCUUUGUUGCUUCAUUCACUUUGGUAUUACCUUUCUUUUCAACUGGAUCCUUUGAAAGAAUGGAACAAGAAGGAGAUGUAGCUACUGCUUUCACCAUGGCAAGAAUCUUGUCAAAUAUUCCAAUAACAAGGGGUGGUCCCACAAACUUAAUCAUAUAUGACAUACAUGCUUUGCAGGAGAGAUUCUACUUUGGGGACAACAUUUUACCUUGUUUCGAAACUGGAAUUCCUCUCUUGAAACGACGUCUUCACCAGCUUACCGAUGCAGAUAACAUCGUAAUCGCCUUUCCAGAUGAUGGAGCUUGGAAACGAUUCCACAAGCAGUUGGAUCACUUUCCGACGGUGGUUUGCGCAAAAGUUCGCGAGGGUGAUAAACGAAUUGUACGCGUUAAAGAAGGUAAUCCCAGUGGUUACCAUGCGGUUAUCGUUGAUGAUCUGGUGCAAUCUGGAGGUACUUUAAUUGAAUGUCAGAAAGUUUUGGCAGCUCAUGGUGCAACCAAGGUCAGUGCAUAUGUCACUCAUGCAGUGUUUCCGAAGAACUCUUGGAAGAAAUUUGUUCACAAAAACGGUGAAAACACAAACGAGGCAUUCGCCUACUUUUGGUUCACUGACUCGUGCUCCCCCACCGUGAAAAACAUUGAAAACAAAGCACCUUUUGAAGUCUUAAGUCUUGCAGGAUCUAUUGCAAACGCGCUUCAAAUAUGACAGGUUAUUUCUGAUGUUACGGGAUAUUUAACUAAUAAACGAGCGGUUUAACUGCUAACUGGUGAUUAUCAUCACCUGUAACUUGAAGUUCCACAGAAAACCUAACAUUCAUAAGUUAUAUGUAUGAAUCAGAAUGACUAUCAAUAAACGAGCGGUUAAUAGCUGAUUAGUGAUUAUCAUGACCUGUAACUUGAAGUUUUUA